AUGGGACUCAUUUCAUACAGAGAUGAGACGGUAAACCUGGCGAAAAGAGCAGACGGCAAUAACACUGGCAAAUUUGUGAACAGUUAUUAUUCUUAUGGUUCCUCAUCAUCAUGGCAAUCACAACGGUGGAUUUUGUUUGUGAUCGUGGUUGCCGUCGUAUUACUUAUUGUAUUAUAUACGUUUCUCGUCAAUAGGAGAAGACAGAGGACUGGGCGUGCUCCGAUAAGAGGUACUGCAUGGCUAACGCCGCCUUCAUACGGGCAAUCUCAGCAGCAAUAUACCGGAAAUGUACAGCAGCAUACAAAUGAUUAUGUUCCUGAAUAUACAGAAAGAGCUAACGAGCAUGAUCUUGGAUACUACGAUGAGCGGGGUGAAUUUCACCCCAAUGACAAGGCUGCAUGCUUAUCUUCCCCGCCAUUGGUACAAGAAUGUUCAUCAGAAUUCGACAGCUCUUUGGAAAGACCUCCCGCCGCAGUGGUUCAUCAGACUAGUCCUUCAGACAUGGUUAAUGAUUUAACAAGGCCAAAUAUUGGGCAAGUUCCAGUUGCAGGUAACGCGGCAGAGCAACUAGAAGGGUUUUCAGAGGUGAAUGGGACACAGGAAAUAACUCCACCGGAGAGGGCAAAGACGAAUUCAAAAUAA